GCUGUGCUUGACGUUGCUGUUGAUCGACGUCGAGCGGUGGCGUUUGUUUUAAAUUAUAUUUAGAGCGUUAACACCGGUAGUCAGACAUGGGGAAAUCUUUUGCAAAUUUCAUGUGCAAGAAGGAUUUUCAUCCUGCCUCCAAAUCUAACAUAAAAAAGGUGUGGAUGGCAGAGCAGAAAUUAACCUUCGAUAAGAAGAAGCAGGAGGACCUGAUGCAGGCUUACGUAAAGGAGCAGGACACCUACAACAACAGGGUGCUGAUGGGUGAUGAUCGCGUGAAGAAUGGCCUUAAUUUCAUGUAUGAAGCUCCUCCGGGAGCAUCCAAAGAAGAGACUAAAGAGAAUGAGGAAGGAGAAUCUGAUUACAAGUUUGAGUGGCAGAAAGUGGCACCUCGUGAAAAAUAUGCCAAGGAUGACAUGAAUAUUCGCGAUCAGCCUUUUGGGAUUCAGGUUCGGAAUGUGAGGUGCAUUAAGUGUCAUAAAUGGGGUCAUGUGAACACAGAUCGUGAGUGUCCCCUCUUUGGCCUGUCAGGGAUUAAUGCCAGCUCUAUGGCCAAUGAUGAAGCAGGUCCGUCAAUGCACCCCUCCGAGUUAAUGGCAGAGAUGCGAAACAGCGGCUUUGCGCUAAAGAAAUGUGUUCUUGAGAGGAGCAACACCAUGAGUGAUCAAACACAGGAAUUUGUGGCGAGUGAGGAGGAAGAUGAUCCCGAGGUGGUGUUUCUAAAGUCUCUAUCUACCAAACAAAAGCAGAAAUUGCUUAGAAAACUUGAUCGUCUUGAAAAGAAGAAAGAAAAGAAAAAGAAGGGUAAAAAGGAAAAGAAGAAGAGCAAAAAGAAGCAGAAAAAGAAACGAGCCAAGGGUGAAAGUUCAUCCAGCAGCUCUUCGGAAGACAGCAGCAGCGAUUCUGAGCCGGAGGAACGUUCUGGAAAGAAAGCCAAAAAUAAAAGCAAGAAAAAGAGAGACUCCUCCAGUGACAGCGGCUCCGAGAGAGAGCGUGAUGACCACAAACAGUCACGCAGUCUGUCAAAACAGCGCUCUCCAACACGCAAUGAGCGGGACGGCAGAGGAGAGAAAACUCACAGAUCACCAGAGGACAAAACCAGACGGGAUGGCCGAGAGAGAUGCAGGGAGGAGAACGAGAGAAGUAAAGAGAAACACAGAGAGGGAGGGAGAGCUAAACGAGAUGAGAGCCGAGGGAGAUAUAAACAAGACGAGAGCCGAGGGAGAUAUAAACGAGAUGGAAGCAGCAGCCCUCAGAGAUGGAGGAAUGAGAAACGCAGAGAGAAUGAGAGACGCAGGAGUGCCAGCAGGGAGAGAGGGAGGGAGAAAAUGGACAGAAGUCGAGAGAGAGAAAGAGCUGGGGGGAGAGGUGUAGACGGGAGCAGAAGAAAAAGGCGCAGAAGUGAUAGCUGGGAUUCGGGGUGGAGAAAAGAAAAAGGGUAGUUGAAAGUCUACACUACCAUUACUCGCAUUAUGGCAAAACUUAUGUGACUGUUGUCUUCGAUACACAAAUGCUGUUUUUAAAGAACCUUCUGACCACCCUUUUCUGUAUAGUGGUGUUAAAUCUGGACAUAAAAAUGACCAAAAUGUGCUAUAUAUGUGGUCUGUUUCAAGUCUUCUAAAGAUAUGUGAUCAUUUUUGUUGAGAAACACCAACAUUUAGGUGGUUCACUGACAACCUUCGCCUUUCUUGGGACUCCAAAGUGUAAUUUGUAUUUGUGCUUUUAAAUUGAUGUUGCUUCCAAACUUUUUGAAUGAAAGAGUGUCAGUUUAGUGUAGAGUCUGGGGUUUUCAGAUCGUUCCCUUUUUACGCACUGUGCCAGGACUUUGCCAGCAGAGGGCGCUGAAAGAAUGCAGAAACUGCAGAUUAUAAACGGGAUUAAAAUGUUUCAAUCUUUUUUGAAUCGUUGAUACUUUUUAUUUGUAUGGUGUAGUUUAAAUGUAGUUAAUGUUCUCCCCUAAGCGUUUAAUCUUUCAAAGUGUAAAGUUUAUAUGUGAUUUACAGGAGGAUAUGUAUAUCCUCAUGUAAUAUAUAUAUAUAUAUCUCAAUCAGUUUAAAUGGUUUAUUUUAUUACAUUAUGUACACCUGUUGAUGUGCAAUGGGCGAAGUUUAUGCAAAUAUGAAAAUGAGAUUUAAUAUCUUAGGCAUUUAUAAAGCUUAAUAAUGCAUAAUGUUUUCAUUUGACUCCUUUACAUUAAACCCAGAUUAAAUGUUGUCGAAAUUAGGGCCUACUGCUUAAAUUACAUGGUUUUACAUAAUUACAUUUCCACAAAACUUAAUUUCAACCCUCUUCCUUAUUAGAAAUAAAUAAAUAGAAAAUAGAUUUUCUUUAAAUGGAGUUUGUGGUCUAACAGUUGUAACAUUAUGGUUUCAAAUGUGGGAGGACGAGACGCUUAAUGACGAAUUUAGUAUUUUAUAUUAGCUAUAGAACGAGGUUUCAAUAU